AUGCGACGUGUGAACAGCCUCAACGACCUGGCCGAACGAGCAGCGAUGCUUGCGCCCUUCGGGGACGCCACAACUGCGGCUGCGGCUUCGGCUUCGGUCUCGUCCCCGUCCUCCUCGGCCGCGUCAAGCCCCGUCCUCUAUGCGCCCGGCCUGUCGCCCCUGGCCUCCCUGGCCUCCGCCUCAUCCGCGAUCGACCUUCUUCGCACAACCGCCACCACACAACAAGACAUGUCGCCGGUCUCGGCCAGCAGGAGCAGCAGAGCGAGCCAGGCCGCCGUGACUUCCCCAGCGGAGACAAGGGACAAGAAGCGCAAGCGCGAAGCCACCGCACCGGCCGAGCACCACGCCCACCACCGCCAUGUGGCCCUGCGGCCCUCGGUGCCCGCCAGCCCCUCGGCGGCCAAGCAGGCCCAGGCCCAGCGCGCGGUGCACCAUGCCUCCAACGGUAACGGGCAUGCUGUCGGUCACUCCGGCCACGGCCACGGCAAGCCGGCGACCAGCAACGGCGCGCCCCUGCACCGCAGUGAUGGCGGCGCCGGUGCCGGCAGCAUCAGCUCUAUUCCACGAUCGACCUCGGCGCCGUCUCUAGCGCACAUGCCCUCGCCGGCCCCGCUGUCGCCGCGAAUGAACCCGUCAUCGUCAUCGUCAUCGGCUUCUUCAUCGUCGCCGUCGCCGGUGCACUCGGCGCAGAUAUCGCCGAGCAGCAUUCACCUGCGCGACUUCACGGACACCACGAAGCACCUCCUCACGGUGAUGUGCGCCACGGCCGGCGGCGACGCUACCAAGGCGGCGCCCGGGUGGGCGAGCGAGCUGCGCCUGGGCUUUGGCGCCGUGGUGCAGCCCGUGGAGAAGGCCAGCGCCUACUGGUUCGCUGAGGUGCCGUCGGUCUACGAGGUGCUCAGCGCCACGGGCCUCUGGCAGCGCGCCUUCCUCAUGGAGGUCCUCUGCCAGGAGCGACACCUGGUCGUCGACCGGACCCUCUACUGCGGCUACAAGCGCGUGAGCCAGGACAAGUUCACCUUCUACUUUGAUUCAGACUCGGAGACGCUCAGACAGCUCUACGCGCACGCCACGGCAGCGACGGCGGCCACGGCGGGACCCGCAUCGCCCGCGUCGUUCCCCUUUGCCAGCGGCGGCGUCAGCGGCAGCGGCGGGUCGUCGGGCAUACCGUUCCGGUUCUCGCCCGGCAUGUCCCUCCCCGCACCCGCGGCCGCGACGGGCGCCAGCGGGGGGCCGCGAUCGUACGCGACGUCGCCCGUCGUCAUGACGUCGUCGACAUCAAACGGCAGCACCGGCACUGGGCACCACCACCUGUCCACGUCAUCACCGGCCUCCUCGUCAUCGGCCUCUUCCGUGUCGACAUUGUCGUCGGGCCGGCACCACGCAUCGAUUCCGCGCACGACCUCGCACCCCGCGCUGGCGUCGUUGGCCGCCGACGGGCCGCGCCUGGUCACGGUCGACCGACGACACAGCAGCAGCGAGAGCGAACAACACAACCACGGCGCUGGAUGCUGCGUGAAGGAGGAAGACGAGGAGUCGGACGGCGACGGCGACGACGGCUUCUACCAGCUCAGGGCCGCCAACGCUAAUGACGACUGCAGUACCGAAGAAGGCGAGAGCUUUGAGCAGCCGCCGGCCAAGCUAUUCUUGUUGACCGAGUACUGUUACUUCGACCCCACGGUCCUCAAGAAGCGCAGCAUUCGCUGCAUUCCGUGCAAGAUGUCCCUUUCCAAAAUGGGAUGGAAGCAACACAUGUUGUCGACAGUCCACGUGGAGAAGAAGGCCAAGUUUAAUGCGCGCGGUCAGUCGCCCCAGCAGACGGCCGAGCUCGUCUACCGCAGCGCGGGCGGCGGGCUCACCUGCCUCGCCUGCGCCGUGCUGCUGCCGCCGGGCGACUUUGAUCGGCACGUGGCCGGCGCCAUGCACGCCAAGAAGCGGAAGGAGUGGGCCAUGCUCGACCACAUCGAGCGGUGGUCCGACAUACUCAGCAAGAAGCCGCGCUACAGCACCGCCACGCCGCUCAGCCCGACACUCACCGGCCCCGCGCUGGUGUCCAGCCCGACCACCACCAUCAGCAGCAGCGUGGGGUCGAGCGGGGCCAACGCGGCCGCCGAGUUGCAGCGAUCGACGCCGGCCGCGGCCGAGGGCCAGCUGGAGCAGGCGGGAUCGGAGCAGCUGGCGGAGCUCUUCUACGUGGAGUGCUACCCGAUGACGCCGGUCACGGGCUACACGCAGUGGGUGGCCCUCCACAGCACGCGCAACUGGGACGCCCGCAACUUUGAAGUCCUCAUCACCAGCCGAGGAAAGCAGGAUCGUCUGGUGGUGGAGCCCCUGUCGUGGAAGACUACCACCGCGCGUGGCUUCCUCUUCAACCUGGCCGUCAAGUUCGAGCGCACCUACGGACCCGACCCCGUCCAGCUCUGCCUCGUCAUCCGUGAUACCAUGGGCCACGAGCAGGAGAUUCAGAUCCCGCUCGGGCGGGCCAUCGUGUGCUCCAACUCGUCGCAGCGGCUCAAGCGGCUGCAGCAGCUGGGCGAGGAGUCGGCCCUCACCGACACCGAGCAGCGGGUCAUCCCGCACUACACCCAAUGCGCGCUGGUCCACAAGGGCCGCGAGCACCGCUACCGCGUCAAGCCCCUCUCUACGGUGCUGGCCGCCGCAGUCACCGCCACGACCGCCGCCACCGCCUCUGCCGCCACGGCCGCAGUCGCUCGGGCGCCGUCGCCCACGAGCCAGGCCCCGCUCCCGACUACCGUCCAGCGGGUGGUGGCGACUGCUCUCAAGCCUUUGGCCGCCUCGUCGCCGGCCAAUCUGACGAGCUCGCUGCCGGCGCUGGCCGCCGCGCCCACAUCGUCAUCGUCGUCGUCAUCAUCGGCCACGUCGCUGCUGGCGUCGGCGCUCUCGGGGUCGAGCCUGUCACUGUACGCGCCACCAACCGCCACCGCCACCAGCGCCGCUGCCGCCACGCCGGAGGUGACGCCCUCCACGUCGGCGCUCCAUCGACGUCCGCCGUCGCACCACCAGCAGCCCUUCGGGUCGCCUCAGCUGCUGCCGUCGCCCUCGCCAGCACCGCGGCCAUCACUCAUCGUCAAGACUUCCUCAUGA